AUGGUCUACACCAUGAAAAUCUACACUGAUGGCGGCUGUAGAGGCAAUGGAUCACAAAAUGCGAUUGGAGCAGCGGCUGCCGUUCUUAUGCGAAAAUGGGGUUCCCCAAAGUCCUGGGUGAGGCCUCUAAACUCUUGGCCUACGCCGACAAGCCAGCGUGCCGAACUUGAAGCCAUUAUCUUGGCACUGCAGAAAGCUCUGGAAGUGUAUGAAGGGCUUGGCAAUGAACCGGUGCUUGAUGUAACGAUUUAUUCCGAUUCGAGGUAUGCGGUUAACUGCAUGACAAAAUGGAUUUACAAGUGGAUCAGAAAUGGCUGGAUCAACUGUGCGGGCGAUACUGUUGCGAACCAAGAUCUUUUGGAGAAGGCCUCGGAUCUUGAUGAUAGAUUGAGAGAAGAGGGAGUUGUGGAGUAUGUCUGGAUUCCCAGGGAGCAAAACGAGCUUGCAGACAAAAUUUGCGAUGAGAACAUGGACAAUCAAAAGAAAGAACUUGAAUACUACGACUCGGACUCGGACUCGGACUCAGACAUGUAUUAG